AUGGCGAAGAAGAAGAAUCAAAACAACAACAAUGAGAACGAGGACGAGAAUCAGAAUGAGAAUGAGAAUGGCGACGAAGGCUGCGGCGGUGGAAAGAAGCAGAAAGCCACCGCCACUGGUGUUACAGUGGUGGUUUUCAAAAUGGACCUGCAUUGCGAAGGAUGCGCCGGCAGAGUCGUUAAAGCAAUUCGUGCUCUGGAUGGUGUAGAGUCUGUGAGGAUAGGUGACAGUGAGUUAAGCAAAAUCACGGUGAUCGGUAACCUCGAUCCGGUGAAACUCCGGCAGAAGGUGGAGGAGAAAACCAAUAAAAAGGUGGAACUUAUUUCUCCAACUGCUAAAAAGAACAACGAUGGUGACAAUACCAUCCAAUCUGGCGGCGGCGGAGACAAUAAGAAACAGCAAAGGCAACCACCAUCUCUUGAGAAGCCGGCAAAAACCGCCGUCAAGAAAGACGAGAAAAAACCCAAAGAGAUUCCGGUGACGACGGCAGUGCUCAAGGUUCCGUUGCACUGUCAGGGGUGCGUCCGGCGGAUUCAUAAACUUGUCACCAAGACUAAGGGGUAUAUGGAGAUGUCGAUCGAUAAGAACAAGGAUUUGGUGAUGGUGAAAGGGGCGAUCGAUAUGAAGUUAUUGGUGGAGGCUCUCCAGCAUAAACUGAGGAGGGCUGUGGAGAUUGUUCCUCAGAAGAAAGAUGGCGGUGCCGGCGAUGAUGGCGGUGAGAAGAAAGGGAAGGGUGGUGGUGGUGAGAAGAAGGGGAAAGACAAUGACGGAGAGGGGAAGGGCGGUGAGAAGAAGGGAAAAGGCGGCGGCGGCGGCGGCGAAGGAAAUGAUGGUGGUGGGAAGACGACAGAGGUGUUGAAGAUGGAGAAUCACGGAGCUCCAACUGUAUUUCCGUAUCCACAAUAUGCGUACGGGUCGGGUUAUGCAGAUUACGUGCAUGCCCCUCAAUUGUUUAGCGAUGAGAACCCACAUGCUUGUAGUCUCAUGUGAUGGACCAAGGCUAAAAAUGUAAAUUCAGAAUCGGGUUGAUUG